AUGGCAGAAAAACCCCAAUAUAGAGUACCACUCGAUUUUUUGGAUUUGGAUUCUCAGAAAUUUGUAUCCAAAGAACAGAUUAAGCCAUGGUUGCAAGAAGGCUUGCAAAACAGCGGCAUUCAUGUUGUCAUUGAACGAUCCGAUACCAGUAAGAUCAUUUUCAAAUGCAAGAACAAGGAGAAAAAGACCAAAGUGGUCGAGUCCAAAAAUAAAAAUACCAAGAUCCCCGUGAGGCGACAUACAACGUGUCCGUUCAAAAUAAGAGCAAACUAUAGCGUUCGAAAUAAAGUAUGGACUAUUCUGAUGGUCAAUGACACCCACGACCACGUUGUGCUCCCGCCGCAACUGGUGGGCCAGUCCGUUGUUGAAGAUCUAUCCCAGCUCAGUAGCAAUAGCAACAGCAAUAGCAAUAACAACUUGGGAAAUGGCAUGAGUUUGAGUAUGAGCAAUAUGAAGACAAAACUGCGGAUGGAAUCAAAUUCAAGCAGUCGCAAAAAUAGUACCGGCGAUAAUCAAAGCUUGUCAACCUCGGCUUUUUCCAAUAGAAACAGCGACGAGUCAAAGGAUAGUCCUCCUACAUCGCUCACCUCGAUUGGUGAAGGAUUAUCAGGCACCGAUGAUAGCUCUUCUGGUGCCAGCUCCAACGGCAAUGGCAACGGCAGUGGCAAAAGGAGGAGAAAAUCUCAACUGGCCAAUGGCACGGCCAAGCCCAAGAAGUUUAAGGAAGAGCCGCCAAUCAGCAAUAGUCAUAAAUCGGGGAUGGGGUCCAGAAUCGACCACAAGCAGAUGAACCCUUAUAACCAAAAUGAACUUCUCAAGAGACCUGUGGAACAGAUCCCAAACGGCGGGGCUCUCCAAGGAAAUUUCCUCCAAACCCCACAACUUCCGCCAAUACCUCCUGUUGACCCACAACCAAAGCAGCUGCGACAAAAGAAUCAUCCAUCUCCUAAUAAAAAAAGUCACCACCUGCGUCAUUUACCGAAUGCCUAUGCAUUUCCUACUCAACAACAACAGCAACAACAACAACAACAACAACAACAACAAUCACAACCACAAUUAAUGAAUGAACCACCACCCACUUCAAACCAGAGCCAAAUGUACUCCAUUUACGCAUUGCAGAAUUUGCAAAAUCAAGUGCGGGAAAAUGUCAAGAUCAACAUUCUCAAUGACCCCAGGAUCACCCCGCAGCAAAAGACAACCAUGUUGGACUCGUUUGUGUCCCAGUUGCUCCUCGAUUACCGAAACUAUUUUAGUCCGCAGUUUAUGAUGUCCUUGAAAGAGAAUCUAUUCGACCAAGGCAAAAAUGCAGGUGUUUCUCUCCCUGCAAACAACGAUUUCACUCCAACAAAUCACACUUUGCUUCUGCAACAGCAACAGCAACAGCAACAGCAACAGCAACAGCAGCAGCAACAGCAACAUCAGAAUCAUCACCAGAAUCACAAUCACCACCAUCAGAACAUUCUGAAAAAAAACAUGCUCAGCAAUUGGCUACUCUCGGCACCAAACGGAACAAACGGCAACACAGCGUCGAUUCCAUUGUCUCCGCUCUUGAACGACAAUGCCACCAACACUGACUACUCUUCUGCGGCCGCGGCUGCGGCUGCUGCUGCGGCUGCUGCUGAUGCCGCGGCUGGAGUGCUACCGGCAAACUCCGGCAUUUACGGAAGCGGACUAGAUAAUAUGAAAAUCUCGCCGCCUCAAAUGAAUGGUCAAAGCAAUGGACAAGUCCAUUCCAAUAGUUCCAGCGGCCACUCCGCUACUUCCUUCAAUUAUAACCAACCCCUCAGUGCAAACGAUCAAGCUCAGAAUCAAUUACCACCGCUCAAUAUACAAGGUCCGCCCAAGGACAUUAACCUAGCAGAUUUCCCCUUGAGCAACAACCCACUUCCACCUGCAUCCCAGAAUAACUCCAACAUAAAAUCAAGUCACCAUUAUAACAUGUACAACUCAAACAAUGGUGGGUUCCCUAGCAUCAACAAUCUCAACACCCCAACCUCCUUAAUGCCCCCGCUAAACACAGCUGCAUCGACGCUCAACCCAUCGCAAAUCCUCAAACAUGGAAACGGCUCAACCAAUUCUAAUUCGCAUUCGCAUUCCCAUCCCCAUUCCAAUUCCCAUUCCAACGGGACGUCCAACGGCAAUGGCAAUGGCAAUGCGAGCACCAAUGGUGGUUCAUUAUCCACGGGAAUGAACUACAGCGGAUCAGGAAAAGGCAUAAACCUCCAUAACAACAGUUUUCUCGGCUCAUCGCUAUUGAGCUCGGCGUUCUUGUUUGGACCAAUGAAUAACCCAUCAUUGGGUCACGCUAAUGGCACAAGUGGGGCGUUGAGCUUUGGAGCUGGCGACAAAGAUGGCAACGGCGUCGCCGGUGGCGGUGUUGGUGGUACGAACAUCAUGAACAAUAUGACAAGUUAUGAUUCAGGAUGA